AUGGCAGAAUCUAUCACGGAGGGAACUCUGAGUCAAUUUAGCAAAAACAUUGGAGACUUUAUUGAAAUAGACGAGGAGCUGGCGACAAUUGAGACUGAUAAGAUUGACGUCUCUGUGAACGCGACACAGGCUGGAAUUGUAGAGCAACUGCUCGUUGCCGAGGGGGAUGUUGUUACUGUCGAUCAAGUAAUCGCAGAGAUUCAACUUGCAGAAAGGCAACCUAAACCUCAGGCUAAAUUGGAAAAUGCAGGGUUGUCUCAUGCAAAGUUCGAUUCGCAACAACAACAGCAAUCAACGCAAGAAACUCAAAGCUCGACUGUAUCGCAUACGACAGAGGAAGCACCGUUUGGUUCUCCCAAGCAGUGGGCCAAGGAAGUUAAGAUGAGCCGAAUCCGCCAGCGCACCGCACAACGCCUCAAAGAAUCCCAGAACACUGCUGCAUUUCUUACUACAUUCAACGAGGUGGAUAUGUCCCGUCUAAUAGAAUUCCGGAAAAAGAACAAAGACGCAGUCUUUGAGAAGCACGGAUUAAAGCUCGGUUUUAUGGGAUCUAUGGCCCGGGCAUCGGCAUUGGCCUUGAAAGAGAUACCUGCGGUUAAUGCAUCGAUUGAAAACGACGACACGAUAGUUUAUCGCAGCUAUGUUGAUUUGAGCGUUGCAGCAUCUAUCACCAAGGGGCUUGUCACCCCUGUGCUUCGCAAUAUUGAGUCAAUGAGUAUCCUACAAAUCGAAAAGGGUAUCUCCGAGCUGGUCAAGAAGGCCCGAGAUGGGAAGUUGACGAUGGAUGACUUGAAUGGAGGAAGCUUCACAAUUAGCAACAGUGGUAUAUGGGGGUCGUUGUUUGACACGCCGAUCAUAAACCUGCCCCAGACUGCGGUUUUGGGAACCUAUGGUAUCCAAGAACGACCAGUUGCCGUAAAAGGGCAGGUUGUAAUUCGUCCAAUGAUGUACAUUGCUUUGACAUAUGACCAUCGGAUCAUCGACGGGCGCGAGGCAGUAAAAUUCUUGGUUCUUAUCAAGAAGUACUUAGAGGAUCCGCAAACGAUGAUGCUGGAAAUUUGA